AUGGCUCUGCUGGUCAUCCUACUUCUCUGUCUUGGACAAGCUGGUGCCCAUUUUCCAGCAAUCUUCGAUGAAAGUAAACCAGACCUGGAAGAUGCUUUGUUGCGCCUUCUACGGAGAGUGCGUCAUGAUGAGUUCUUUGAUACCCUGCUUAUUUACGGAAGAGAUUGCAUUUUCCAUACCCUAAUCAAAGACUUGGAAAUAUCGACAGUGCUGGCGUCCAUGGGUAGCACCCAGUCAGACUGGGAAUUUAACAGCCUGACCAUGAUCCUGUGCUGCGAUGAUGAAGCCGAAUUCGAGAAUAACGAACAUACUUUUAUGAAGAUGCAAAGAAACAGACGAUUGAUUUAUGUUGGAAAGGAUAUUCAGCCAGGAUCAGUGUGUGGUGACUACUUCGAAGAUGAGGUAUAUAAUAUAGCCGUUGUAAAAGAAGACUUUGGAGUGUCAAAUAUCAUCUACGCCUGUCGCCCCUUUCAAGAGCCCAACUUCGUGGAACUGAGUCUAUCGGCAGACAAGAAUACGGGUGAGGAAAGGCUUAUUGGUUUUGUGGCCAACUUGAUAACGAACUUUGCCCAGAGAAUUAAUGCAACUCUGAAACUAUAUAAUGUACACAAUAAUUCCAAUGUGCGAGACAUACUGUUGAAUGUGAGGAAGGGUAAAGUUGACAUUGGUAUGGGUUUGGAAACUUAUUCAGGUGUACGGAAAGAUAAUGGAUCCCCCGUGCUCGGCAUAUUCGUUGUGCUUUUCUGCAUUCUUUCGGUGCUGCUUAUUUACAGUCGCAAGAAGUCCUGGCAGGAUCUCAACUUGGCCAAUGUCCUGCUGAAUGAUGUGAGCCUACGUGGCCUCUUGGGUCAAUCGUUUCCCUUUCCCUCCAACGCCAGCAACCACCUGAGAUUGAUCUUCAUCCUAUUGUGCUUCGCCAGCGUCAUGCUCAACACCAUGUAUAAUGCCUACCUGCAGUCAUAUUUCACAGAUCCCCCAACUGAGCCUCCUAUUCGCUCCUUCCAGGAUCUUACGAAGUACAACAAGAAACUGGCGGUCAGCGCACAUGAGUUCAGUGAAAUGACAAUCACCAACAAUACAAAAUUUAAAGAGAUAAAUAUAAAUGACAUGGUAAUAUUCAAUUCAGAUGAAUAUUUAAAGCUUCGUGACUCCUUAAACCAAAGCUACAACUAUUUUGUAGUCGAAACUGAGUGGAACACAUACGAGGAGCAGCAAAGGAUGUUCAAGGAACCCAUCUUCUACCUCUCGAAUGAUCUCUGUCUCACCCACUUUAUGCACAUUGCCAUCCCUGUGCGGCGACUGUGUCCCUAUCGUCACCUCUUCGACGAACAUAUUAUGAGUCAGAACGAGUUCGGUUUGGUGGGAUACUGGAGAGUCCACAGCUUCUUCGAUAUGGUGAGACUGGGCAUAACGCCCCUGAUUCCUAAGGACCUGAAGCCACCAAAGGCUGCCGAAUCUAGCUUAAUUGCCCAAGAUAUCUUAUGGAUUAUGGUGAUGUACUUGGUGGCCAUGGGCAUUAGCAUUUUAAUCUUUUUCUUAGAGGUUCUAAGCACAAGGGAACGAUUUAGGAGAUGGUGGAGAGGAAUAGGCCAGUGUUAUAAACGAAAACCCCCAAAAAUAUAA